GAAGACAAAAAAGAAGGAAAAAGAACCAAAAAAUAAAUAAAUAAAGGGAAGACGCCCAAAACACAAAUCAUGGUGGUGUGGAGGCAACUCAUCGAUUACAACCGGUGGCCAUGUCCAACCAAACCCAAAGCUUGAAAGACAAAAGCUUAAAAAGUAAAAGACACAUCAAUUAAAUUUAUUAUUAAUUUAAUAAGAGACAGACUACCAUUUAUCAACAAAAAAAAAAAAAAAAAAAAAAGUAAGAGAGUGAGAGAAAGAGCAGAGGGUGCGCAAACUCGCAGUGCAUACAUGUCGUCUUCUCCCACUCUUGCUCUCUCUCGCUGCGUGUAUUGUCUAAAUUCUAAAGAAUCUAAACUAACUGAAAAAUAAAACACAAAAAUAUACAUUACGGAUAAAUAAAAAACCAUAUACCCAAAAAAAAGAAAGAAAAAAAAAACAGAGAGAGAGAGAGAGAGAGCGACAAGUUCGUCAAACUCGGGGAUCCGACUCGCGCGGCGGGAAAGAACCACCGGAGCAUUUGGCCUUCUCUCUCUGUCUCUGUCUCUGUCUCUCUCUCUCUCUCUGACUCUGCAAUCACCUCCGGUGUGGGCCGUUCCUCAGACUCUGGGUUUUCGGGACUCCGGAAACCCUGAGUCUCGAUCCCUAUUCCCUACCCCUUUCAUUCUCUUCUUCUUCAGGCCCUCUCAUAUAUCAUCAUUUGGAAGUUAAGCAGUUGAGGUCAUGCACAGUGUACCCUAUAAUUUUAUGCUGACUGUACUUGCUUGAUUCAUCAUCCAUGCUACAACUGUUUCUUUCAGUUUGGGCGUUGACAUCUAGCACAGUGUCUGUACAGUUGAAAAUCAAGUGGUCACGAUGCCUUGCUUACUCUGAUCUUCAGAAUAUUGUACGGGGAGCAUUACAGAAAUAAAAAAUAAAAAAAAAAAUAUUUAGGUCAUUUUGCAGCCAAGCAUGUUCACAACCCCCCUGCCUCCUCAGCUGUCUGAUUCCAACCGCCGCAUUAUAGAUACGCCUGGCCCAUCCCUUCGAGUUUAUCAAGUUUGGAAAGGAAGUAAUAGAUUUUGCCUCAAAGGAAGGCUUAUAUUUGGUCCAGAUGUGAGGUCACUAUUCCUUACAGUGUUCCUAAUAGUGGCCCCGGUGAUCCUUUUCUGUGCCUUUGUUUCUAAUAGACUUAUUGACAAUAUCAAUCAUGGUGAACUUAUCGUAAUUAUAUGUGUUGUCUUCACCAUUUAUGAUAUUCUUAUCCUCUUAGUUACAUCUGGAAGAGAUCCUGGCAUUAUUCCCCGCAACGAGCAUCCUCCAGAACCAGAAGAGGUUGAUGGCUCUACAGUCUCUUCUGAUUGUCCAUCAAGUCAUAAUGGAGCUCCAAGUUUACCCCUAACGAAAGAUGUUGUAGUUAAUGGAAUAGUAGUCAAAGUCAAGUAUUGUCAAACAUGCAUGCUAUAUCGUCCACCACGAUGCUCUCAUUGCUCAAUAUGCAAUAACUGUGUUGAGCGAUUCGAUCACCAUUGUCCAUGGGUGGGGCAAUGUAUUGGGAAGAGGAAUUACAGAUUCUUUUUCAUGUUUGUAUCAUCAACAACCUUGCUGUGUCUUUAUGUUUUUUCCUUCUGCUGGGUAAACAUCAGUAAUAUAACGGACGAUGAGCAAUGCAGUCUCUGGAGGGCUUUUGCAAAAUCUCCUGUUUCUGUAAUUCUGAUCGUGUAUACAUUUAUAGCUGCUUGGUUUGUUGGAGGUCUCACCACAUUUCAUCUCUAUUUAAUUUGCACAAAUCAGACAACAUAUGAGAACUUUCGGUAUCGAUAUGAGGGAAAAAUGAAUCCUUAUAAUCAUGGGUGUGCUCGCAAUGUUGUGGAAAUCUUCUUCUCUGGAAUUCCAAAAUCUAAAAACAACUUCAGAGCAAUGGUGAAGGGUGAUUCAUCUUCUGUCUAUAAUGCUUCAACUACACUGGGACAUUCAAUGAGCCCAGAGAUGGCGAAAACAAGUUUUGACAUAGAGAUGGGGAAACGACAAGCUGUUGCUGCUGAAGAUUUCACAGAUAUACAUAGACAGAUUGAUAGUGUUGAGGGAAUGGAGAGGUGUGGAACCCAGCCAAGACAUACAGACUGGGAUUCUAAAGCUAACUGGGAGAUCACACCUGAUAUACAGAUUUUGGCUGCUGAGUUUGGAAUGGGAUAUGGUGUAACAGACAGACAGAAAAUUCAUGGAAGCCUUUAAAACUAAACAUUUUUAAGGCCUAAACUACUGUCUGAGCGGUGUUUCUGAUGUUAGGGCCAGGGGAGUGAUAAUGGUCACUCACUAGCUUAUCGGAGUUGGUGGGAGACGUCACACUGAACUCCAUUGUUGGGAGCUUGUUUGGAAACCUGACUUCUCCGAUAAAGGAAGGAAUGCUGUGGUUCACAGCUAUUAUUUUGCAGAGGCACGUUAUGCAUCAAACUCUUUUCCAUUUCCAUGGGUAUUUGGUCUUUUAAGUGUUGUGCUAUAUUGUGUAUUAGUUUUUCUGGGGAAUUGGCUGGUGUUUAUAUAUUAUCUCAAUUUGUUUGGUAGUAGUUUGUAAAGGAAAGAAACAACAACAACAACAACAAAAACAAAAACAAAACAAAAAAAAAAAAAAAAAACAAAAAGGAGAAAAAGGUUUGUGUUUUUUUUUUUGGGGGGGGGGGAGGGGGGGGAGAACCCUAAUUCUAUUUCAGUCUUUAUUGAUUGCAAUUCAGUUUCAGUCGGCAGGCAAAAGAAGAGCUUGUCUAUUUUAAUGACAAGCUGUUUUACUUUAUA